AUGUCCUCUAUAGGACCUCAGCUGCCGGCGCAUCUCACCAAGCGCAAGCGCACUCCAGAGGACGAGGGAAACCCAGACUCGCCUCCGCCCAAGCGAGCCCCCACAAACCAAGAUGAGAUCACAUUAGGUGAUGACUCCUCGGAAGAUGAAUAUGGUCCUUCGAUACCAAAGGCCUCGUCGGGUCCUUCUGCCGGGCCAACAAUAGGCCCUUCCAUAGGUCCCUCGAUAGGUCCCUCGAUUGGCCCAACUUUUCCUACUACCAACAACAAUGAAAUACCCCUCGACGACGAUGAUGAGGACUCCGACGGCGGCCCAGCACCGCCGCCAGCGCAAAAGCCUACAUCAAAACCGAUCGGCCCCUCAGCCGAACCACCGACAAGACGUAUACUAGGCCCGGCACCACCUCCGGGGCCACUAUUUGAACGGCCGUCGGGAUCACCCAAUGACGAUGACGACAACAACGACUCGGACGAUUCGGAUGAUGACUACGGCCCGGCCUUGCCAACCUCCAACGCCCACUUGGCCCGGCAGUCCCAAGCACUUGAAGCCGCUGCCCUCGAAGCCGCCAACCCCAAGGCUCCGCAGCGCGACGACUGGAUGCUGGCGCCGCCCACGGCCGGAUCCGCGCGAGCCGCGGAUCCCACCAAGAUCAAGGCGCGCAAGUUCAACUCGGGCCCGCGGUCUGGAGGGGGUGGUGGUGGAGGUGGUGGUGCAGCGGGCGAAAUCAACAGUAUAUGGACCGAGACACCGGAGCAGAAGCGGCAACGACUUGAGAAUGCAGUUCUAGGCCGCGGCGGCGCGGCCUCGAGCAGUAGCAAUGGCGUACAGAGCGGCGGCGGCGGCGCAGACCGACUGUCCAAGGAGGAGCAAGCCAAGGCGGAUCAGAUUCGGGCAAACCUGGAAGCGGCGCGGGGGCCGAGCCUGUACGCCGAGCACCAGAAGCGCGAGGGAGGCAAGGGAGGGCGCAUCGAGGCAGAGGAGGACGAUCCAAGCAAGCGCGGAUUUGACUGGGAAAAGGACAUGCGGAGCGGCAGUAAAAUUGGCACUGCCCAGCGCAAGGAGCUCAUGAAUAAAGCGGCCGACUUUGGCGGACGGUUUAGUAAGGGGAAGUUCCUGUAG